CUGCCUUGAAAACCCAGCGAAGAAGAAGCAGUUGCCUCGUAAAGAAACCAUGGCAGCCACCAAAGCCUCCAAAGAGCAGAAAUACGACAGACAGCUCCGACUGUGGGGUGACCACGGGCAGGAAACUCUGGAAAAUGCCCAUGUCUGUCUCAUCAACGCCUCAGCAACUGGAACAGAGAUCCUGAAGAACCUUGUUCUCCCAGGUAUUGGAGCGUUCACCAUAGUUGAUGGACACACCGUUUCUGGAGAAGAUGUUGGGAAUAACUUUUUCCUCAGCAACAACAGCAUUGGAAAGAACAGAGCACAGGCUGCCACUGAGCUGCUACAAGAACUCAACACUGACGUCAGUGGAAACUUUGUUGAGGAGAGUCCAGACCAACUUCUCGACAACGACCCAGAGUUUUUCCACAGGUUUACCGUAGUAAUCGGUGUCCAUUUACCAGAAAGCACAUGUUUGAGGCUCGGCUCGGUCCUGUGGAGAGCUUCGGUUCCUUUCCUCGUGUGUAAAACCUACGGCCUCAUUGGCUACAUGAGACUAGUGAUGCGGGAGCAUACAGUGAUUGAGUCUCACCCAGACAAUGCCUUGGAGGACCUGAGGUUAGAUCAGCCUUUUAGUGAAUUCACCAACCACAUUCAGUCCUAUGACCUCGACAACAUGAACAAGAAGGAUCACAGUCACACACCGUGGAUCAUCGUCGUUGCUAAAUAUCUGGAGAAGUGGCUCAAUGAGCACGACGAUCAGCCACCGAAGAAUUACAGGGAGAAAGAGGCAUUCAGACAGUUUAUUCGAGAAGGGAUGCUGAAGAAGGACAAUGGUGUCCCGGAAGAUGAAGAAAACUUUGAGGAAGCAAUCAAGAAUGUGAAUACUGCUUUAAAUCCAACCAAGAUUCCGAGUGCUCUUGAUGAUCUCUUCAACAGUGAGCAGUGUAGCAGCAUCACUUCACAGUCUUCGUCCUUUUGGGUGAUGCUGCGUGCCGUCAAGGAGUUUGUUCACAAUGAAGGCAACGGAAGCCUUCCUGUACGAGGAACCAUCCCAGACAUGUUUGCAGACUCUCAGAAGUUCAUCAACCUUCAGAACGUUUACAGGGAAAAAGCCAUGGAGGACGCAGCAACGGUUUCUAGGCAUGUGGAAAGUCUGUUGCAGUCUGUCGGAAAGUCGCCUGAGAGCAUCCCUGAAAAGGACAUCAAACUCUUCUGUAAGAAUGCUGCCUUCCUGAGGGUCGUGCGCUGCAGGUCUCUGGCUGAAGAAUAUAGUGUGGAUUCUGUAAAUAGAGAUGAAAUUGCCUCAUGCAUGGACAGUCCAGACAGCCACAUGGUCUUCUACCUCAUGCUCCGCGCCGUUGAUCGCUUCUACCUGCAGCACUCGCGCUACCCAGGAGUUUACGACUACCAGGUGGAGGAGGACAUCAGCAAACUGAAGCUGUGUGUGAACAGUCUACUGCAGGAGUACAGCCUCAACGUCAACAUCAAAGAUGACUACAUCCAUGAAUUCUGUCGAAACGGCGCAGCAGAGCCGCACACAGUUGCAGCGUUCCUGGGAGGGUCAGCAGCUCAGGAGGCGAUCAAGAUCAUCAGCCACCAGUUUGUGCCGUUCUGCAACACCUUCAUUUACAACGCCAUGUCACAGACCUCUGCCACCUUACACUUGUGAUUCACUCACACUCAGUGUUGGUUUUAAAAAAAAAAAAUCAUAAUAAUUAUUCAAAAGUCAUCCUGCAACAAAUGGUUUAAAUAAAUCCAAUCAAAACAUUGCAAUAAGCUGGAAUUAAAAAUAAAUGGAGCUAAACAUUUCUCAUGGAUAUUAAGGCUCGUCAGAGUGAUUGUUCUGUUUAUCAUAUAAGACUUAAAGUAACAGCGUUGCAUCCAUUCUUUGUACAUUUUUGUGUUUUAAAAGAAAAUGUAAGAAAAAAGAAAAAAAAAGCUGGAAAUAUUAACCAAUUCAAAACCUGAGUCAUAUUUUCAUCUGUGAAACUUACAGUAGCUUCUAUGAAUUCUAUCAUUCACUGUAGCAGCACUGGGUGAACUUAUUGUGUCUUAUCAGAUAACGGAGAUUUUUUUUUGUUUAUUUGGGUUAAAAAAAUAAUGAACACUAUUAGUUUUAACUUGUCUAUUGCUAUUAAAACAAAAAUACUGUUCUCUGAUGCA